CGCCGAGCAAACUCCGGGCACCUUAUAAUUAAUAUCGGAACAAAGCCUUCGUAAUUGGCGAAGAGAGCCGAUUCCCAUGUAUCCCGUACUGCUGCUCGCGUUCCUGCCUCAGAUCUCAGCGUACGUGGACUGCAAGAUCGCGUGCUACCGCUGCCGGGAGAACAAGGAGCACCCGCUGAUCCUGGAGGUGCACUGCGCCAUGUGCACCGAGUGCAAGCAGCGGCGCCGGGACCGCCUCAACCUGCCUCUAUCCCACAGGACUUUAAACAGCAGCGACCCGCCCAUAGACACCGAACACCUCUCCAUAGAGAAACAUGCAUUAACCCUGGCAGGACAACACUCUAAACACCAAAACGCUCGUACAACGCGCCGCUCUAAAAAAUCCAUGAAUCGGCAUGCAGAUAGUGUGCAUGAUGAUCACUCCAGAGAACAUCACAGUGGACAUGAGUCCCAGCAUUCAGCAGAGGGAGAAGCAGAGUCGUCGGAGGAGUGCCCGACGCCUCCUCCUUGCGAGGAGAGCGAGGAGUUCGUGCCGAUCAAGCUCAUCAAGAGGACCACAACCACGCGCGGCACCACGACGAAGAAGCGAUGCCCUCCUGUUGUCCACUGCAGAGAAGAGUACCCAACACCUCCUCCCUGCGAGGAAAGCGAGGAGUUCGUGCCGAUCAAGCUCAUCAAGAGGACCACGACCACGCGCGCCACCACUACGAAGAAGCGAUAUGAGAGAGAAGAGUGCCCAACAUCUCCUCCCUGCGAGGAGAGCGAGGAGUUCGUGCCGAUCAAGCUCAUCAAGAGGACCACGACCACGCGCAGCACCACGACGAAGAAGCGAUGCCCUCCUGUUGUCCACUGCAGAAGAGUGCCAACACCUCCUCCCUGCGAGGAGAGCGAGGAGUUCGUGCCGAUCAAGCUCAUCAAGAGGACCACGACCACGCGCGCCUCCACGACGAAGAAGCGAUGCCCUCCUGUUGUCCACUGCAGAAGAGUGCCAACACCUCCUCCCUGCGAGGAGAGUGAGGAGUUCGUGCCGAUCAAGCUCAUCAAGAGGACCACGACCACGCGCGCCUCCACGACGAAGAAGCGAUGCCCUCCUGUUGUCCACUGCAGGUAA